AUGCUUCUCAACUUCCGCCUCGUCGCUACUGGCCUUGCCGCCUUGGCUGCUUGUGCCCAGGCACUCGACAUGACCAACUUCACAGCCAAUGAAGUAGAUUGUGGUACUCCUAGUCUGAGCGUGGAGCAAUGGACACACUCAGAGGAAGUCCUCGCGCAGGAAAAAAACACUACAAAGCGUCAAGUGGCCCAACCACACAGGAUACCAGCCUAUAUUACUGUUUUAGCCAAGAACAACACCGUCAAUGGCGGCAAUAUUCAAGAAAGCCAAAUCCAACAAUUGCUAGAUGAGUUCAACAAAUUCUAUUCCUAUGGAUUCGAACUCGAUACUUCGGUCGACAAGAUCCAUCGCUACACGCGCCCCGACCUUUUUGAUCCUAACUCGGGGAUGUUUACUGGAACUUUCAACGACAUCCAGAGGCAAUAUCAUCGGGGUGAGGGCGACUAUGCCUCAUUGAACAUUAUCUUCCUUUUUCGCCUUAGAGACUGGUACAAGAACGAUAUCACUACCGAGAGGGGGCCUAACGGUGAAACCUGGACCUCAUGGAGGCGUCGUUCCGGAGGCAUCUCGGGCCGGGGUUCUAUCCCCGUUGCCGGAAUUUGGGAGGCCUCUAACGCAAAGGAACUCGAGAUUUCAGACGGCAUAUUGGUCUCCUCUGCCACCAUUCCGAAUAUGGCUUAUCCGGAGCACCAGGGAUCGUUGUCUACAUUCUCCCAUGAGGUUGGCCACUGGCUUGGACUAGAGCACACAGAUCACUCGCGCCGCAAAGGCAGCUGGGGUAGAACGGCCUGCGAUCGGGUUAACGACGGUAUUGAUGAUACUCCAACUCAUAUGAUAGACGCGAAUGUGGCAAGGAUUAUGCCAGGAUGCCCUCCACAAGGCCAAAUCAACACCUGCCAGCAUCUUGAUAGUAGACCUGACCUUAUCUAUAAUUUGAUGACCCCGAAAACUUACGGCUGCAAGAUGGAUGGCUUGACAGAUGGCCAGAAGCAAAGAACGUUGGACGUGUACGAAAAAUUCCGCAUGCCUUAUAAAGGGCAGUUGCAGCAGAAGGGACGUUGGGUGCAGCCGCAAGGUCAACAGUCGCAGGAGGAGGGGUCGCAGGUGGAGGAGCCGCAGGAGGAGGAGAAGCCGCAAGAAAAGAAGCCGCAAGAUCAACAACCGCAAGACCAGCAACGUCUACAGCUGAAUCAGAAGAAGGAGCAGAAUGAGAAGAACUGUUUGAACGAGGUGGAUCAAGAGUACAAGCAGCGUGAAAAAUGGCUGACGAAGUCGAUGCCGGAAAAGUUCAACCAGCUGCAAGCUGAACGCGAUGAGAUGUGGGAGUGGCUCGAGCAAUACCGGCAGCAACCGCAAUACAGUCAGUGGGCCGACGAAGAAUGGAAGCGGCGGGAAGAAGGCUUUUCGGGACGGAAGAAGGAGUAUGAGCAGAAAGAACGCGGGUAUUGGCAGGACCUGAAGCAAGACACGCAAAAGGGACAAAAGCGGUGUAGAGAGGAGGAGCAAAAGUAA